AUGAUAUUGGUGCAUAUUUUAUGCUUAUUUCUUCAUUUAGUCAUUGGUGAUCAGAUAAAAUUUGCUGAAAAAAUUUCAACUCGUUCAACAGCUGCAAAAGGUAUUUUACUCUGCGGGAAUACAUCAGCUAAUGAUGUCAAAGUGAGAUUAUUCCGGAAAGCAAGCGAUGAUAUUGGCGAAGUUCUGUCAACCAAUCAAACAACAUUAAAUGGACAUUUUCAAAUUGAAGGCGACACAGUUGGACGAACGGAGCAAGAUAUUGAUCCAGUGAUUAGAUUUUAUCAUCGAUGUGAUGAUGAUCUAAAAAAAGAUCUUAAGAAGAUUGGUUACCGAACAUUUGCCAUAAGUUACCCUAAAGAAUACGUAACAAUCGGCAGAGUACCGAGGAAACCAUUCGAUAUUGGUAAAUUAAAUUUGCAGAUAAUAUAUCCGAGAGAGAAUCGUGAUAUGAAAUUUGUCGAUUAA